AUGAGUGUUAACGUUGAGCAGCUGAAGCAGGACAAUUCUGUCAAAAGCAGAGGCGUCCCGGUGAGCGGGAGGACUUGGAAGAACGACAAGGACCAAUUCAGAGUGAAGAGCAGGGUGGUCAAGAACAAGAAAUUGAGCUCGUGGCAGCUCAAGGAGCAGAAAAGGCUCGAGGAUAAGCAGUUUAAAGAGCGAAUGAGGAUGUUGAAGGAAGAGAAAGAAGAGGAACGUCAAAAGAGGAUGCAAUCGCUGAGAGAAAGAAGAGAGAAGAAGGCUGAGGAAGAGAGAUACCAGCUGCUGGCAGCCAAGAUGCACGCGAAGAAGGUCGAGAGGAUGAGAAGAAGGGAGAAGAGAAAUAAGGCGCUGAAAGAACGCUGA